UAGGACAAGGUUCUGCACAGCAGACUAAAAUUUAUGUUUAUUUCCCAGUACUACACAACAUGUGCUCACACCGCUAAGGCAAAUCUCGUGCGAAGUUUUCUUGUUGAUGUUGGUAACAAAUCAAGAGUAGAAUUUUAUAAUGGUUUUAACAUUAGGAUCUGACUGUCAUGCUUUGCAGCAUCAAAUAAAAAAUUGCCAUAUUUUUUUGAACAGCUACAAAUGGUUGACAGAUUCGUUCGUACUUGAUUUCUUUUCUGAAAACCAUUGGGCUAAACUACCUUCCUCAUGGGCCCACACUCUAGAUUUACUUUCUCUCGAAGAGAUGGGCAAAUCUAUUCUAAGCCCAGAUGGACUUUGCAGUACAAGCAAGUUAGUUCUCCCACUAUCCUUGUUAGCCUUCAAAGCUGCUGCAAAAAGCCUGGCAUUGGAGAGGACUGCCAUUACCAGUUUAGAACAAAUUAUCAGUUAUUUGAGUGAGCUGGGAUUCAAGAAUGCCACACAGCAGAGUGGUGUUUGGGUCAAUCCCAGCAGUGAAUGCAAGCCAACAGGAGCACUUGGAAGCUUAACUCAAGUUUUUCAUAGACAAGUUAAACCUAAAAAGCAACAUGAAUUAUAUAGGAUGGGUCAGUGUUGUGCCACAAUAUCUGAAGUUACCAAGUGCAAAACUGUUGUAGAUGUUGGAGCGGGGGUUGGACAUUUAUCUCGGUUUUUGAGUUAUGGUUAUGGGCUUGACCUCCUAUGUUUGGAGUGCGUAGAGACAUUUGGUUCAGCUGCAGUCAAGCUAGAUGGUAAAUUAGAAGAAGCCUGUGUGAAACUGGGGAUUGCGAACAUCACAACUCCAAAACACAUAACUUUGACACUAAAUCCUAACACAAGCAAUUUGGUGGAAUUACUCAAUUCUCAUGGAUUCAGUCAAAUCAGCGCUUGUGGAUUGGUUGGCUUGCACACGUGUGGCGAUUUAGGACCCACACUCAUUCGAAAUUUCGCCGUUGAUCCUGGAAUAAAAUUCAUCCUUGCCAUCGGUUGCUGCUACAUGAAAAUGUCCCUUGACCGAACAUCUCCAGUUAGAGGGUAUCCCAUGAGUAACUUUGUUUUAAACCAGCUAAAGCCGUCGUUUGUUAGUUACGAAGCGCUGGAAGUCGCGUGCCAUGCGCUAGAAUCAUAUUCUGAUCGUUUAAGCGAUUUCGAAUCAAACAAAUUAAAAGUUCAUUGCUACCGAGCUACUUUGGAGACAUUGUUGCUCCAGUUAGAGCCUCCCCUUAAAAGAGCGGGAUUACGGGGCGUCAAGAAUGCCCAUCUCAUGCCAUUCGAGGAAUAUGCUCGCAAAGCUGUUGACAAAAUGGACGUUGUGCUAGACGAAGGCGAUCUUUCGUCACAAUACAUCCAGUCAUGUUUGGAACAAUGGCAGCGUGUCGUCAUCUUUUACUCGUUAAGGCUUAUGGUGGCCCCUGUUAUUGAAACAAUUGUUCAAUUAGAUCGACUUCUCUAUCUCGCUGAACAAGGUUGGUGCGGUUGUCUUCUUCCACUGUUUGAUUGCCGAUUGUCACCAAGAAAUUUUGCCCUGCUUUGUGUCAAACCGGAAUCGAAUCACUGCUGACAUCAUUUGAACUAUUCGUCACUUCCGUUAGAUCCCUCUGUUCGCCAUUUCGAAUUUCCUUCCGCCUGGCAGUCAUCCCUGCAUGACCCUCACAAGAAGGCACCAUAAUGUCCUGGAAAAAAAUUAUGACAUAGAAGCCAAUUCUUGAACUCUGAACGAGAAAUGUUUUUACCUUUCUUUGCAAUGCUCUGCGGGCAACCAAGAUUCAGAUCAAUGGCGUCACAAUGCUGUUCUGCCAUUUUUGCGGCUUUCAAGAAGAUUUCAGUAUCAUUGGCGCAGAACUAAACAAAGGUCUAUCUUCCGCACACGAUUCAAGGUGUUCGCGACGGUAGCGGGGUUCUCGGAUGAAAAUUCCGGCGUUCAUCAUGGGCGUGUAGGCAAGUUCGGUUCCAUAUUUACGACUUAGCAAGCGCCACGGCAGUUCGGAGGCAUCAACCAUUGGAGCCAAGAUACGUUUUGGUGAAUUCAAAGUCUGUCGCCAAAACUCCCACGGAGUUAAAGGAGGAGGCAUAUUUCUUAUUUCUGGUGCUGCUUAAGGCGGAUCUUUUUACGGUUUUCUAGCUUUUUAGGGAAAUAUAGGUAAAACAUUCAUUUAAAAAUUGCAAUUAAUUCUUUUUUUUUUUUUAAAUAACAGUUGUAAGAACGCAAGAACAUUGAUUUAGGCGGGUUUCAACAAAUGUUCUACAGACGUGGAGGGCUCACGCAUUUUCAAGUUAGUCCAUGAUUCGUGGGACGCGUCUUCACUAGGCGAAGUGCGAAUAAUUUUAGGCAAUUUGGGCGUUUGUUUACAAAGCUUAUUAGAAUUGGAAAGAGGACUGAUUUGAUGGUCGUAGGGCUGGAUGGCGGAAGGCGUGGAAGGGUAAACGGAAAUCAUGUUGUUGCGAGGGUGACGAAGCAGAAGACUAGAUACCCCCAUUAAACCGCUUGAUACAGUGAAGAUUGGUGAGGCUAGAUUUGACUGUUCGCGGUUCGUCUGGCCACGGCAAGAUGUAUAACAAGCAAAGCAAGGGAACUGACUCCACCAUCGCUUUUUGGAAUUUUUCACUAGGUUGUCCAACCGUUCCACUUGAUGUACGCGUGAAAGGCACAUAAAUGAAUCAGUAAACCACUUCCGAAUGCGCUCAAAAAGAAGAAAAUCAUCGACAAAAAGGUGUACAGUAAACUGAUUUCCACAACACAUAACAGGCAAAUGAUAACACACAAGAUGCAGGCACUUGUGAUUGAUGUCACAAAGUGACUAUAAUUUCGGCUGCCAAUGCAUUGGUUAAGCCACUUGCAAUGGUGGUCGAAACCUUCAAUGCACUUGUUGCAUAAGCUGCAAUGCUUGGUUUGCAAACUGGAGAGGAUUACAUCACACCAUUGGCAUUUU